AUGGUUCAUAUCGUCAAGGCCCUUGCGGUAGGUCUUUUUGCGGGUAUCGCAAAUGCCUUUAACUAUGACCAGCCCUACCGUGGUCAAUACCAUUUCUCGCCUCAGGAGAAUUGGAUGAACGAUCCAAGUGGUCUCUUAUACCAUGAUGGGAUGUACCAUCUGUUCUACCAGUACAACCCCGGCGGAACUCAGUGGGGGAAUCUGUCUUGGGGCCAUGCCACUAGCAAGGAUCUCACACACUGGGAGGAGCAGCCCGUGGCCCUCCUCGCCCGGGGAUAUGGUGAUAACGUCACCGAGAUGUACUUCACUGGAAGUGCGGUCGUUGAUGUGAACAAUACCAGUGGCUUUGGGAAGGACGGCAAGAUCCCCUUAGUCGCUAUGUACACUUCCUAUUACCCCUUUGCACAAACUCUGCCAAGUGGAAAGACUAUUCAGGAGAACCAGCAGGCUCAGUCUAUUGCCUACAGUCUUGACGAUGGUAUGACCUGGACCACGUACGAUGCCUCCAACCCGGUUAUCCAAAAUCCGCCCGCCCUGUAUCAGGAUCAGUAUAAGGAAUUCCGUGAUCCCUUUGUCUUCUGGCAUAAGGAAUCUGAACAGUGGGUUGUUAUCGCCGCUCUGGCAGCAAUUCACAAGUUUGUAAUUUAUACUUCUCACAACCUCAAAGACUGGAACCUGGCAAGUGAAUUCGGUCCUUACAACGCGCAAGGCGGUGUCUGGGAGUGCCCUGGCAUUUUCCAGCUACCUCUUGAUGGAGGAAAAUCCUCGAAAUGGAUCCUCACGGCCGGUCUCAACCCUGGCGGCCCCCCCGGCACAGUUGGCUCUGGAAGCCAGUAUUUCGUGGGUACGUUUAACGGAACCACCUUCACCCCAGAUGCGGAUAGUGUGUACCACGGAAAUGUGACUGCCAACUGGAUGGACUGGGGCCCAGAUUUCUAUGCCGCAGCUGGCUACAACGGCCUCCCUAGUGAUGCCCACGUCCAGAUCGCGUGGAUGAACAACUGGCAGUACGGUGCGAAAAUUCCCACCGGUACCUGGUAUGGUAGUGCGGCUAUUCCUCGCAAUCUGGCUCUUAAGACAAUCGGGGGCAAGGUGGCUCUUGUUCAGCAGCCUAAAGAAGACUGGUCUUCUAUCCUAAGCAAGCGCGCGGUAUAUUCGCACAAAUACAAUGCCGUGCAGGAAGGGUCUACGAAUGUAGGAACCACUGGAGAGACGAUCAAGAUCAAUUUGAGCUUCUCUGCUGCUUCGACGGCUUCGGAAUUUGCCGUCGCUAUUCGGGGCUCUGCCGACUUUACCGAGCAGACCCUUAUCGGUUACGACUUCAUCAACAAGCAGGUCUUCAUCGAUCGCACUAAAUCUGGAGAUGUGUCGUUUGACGAUACCUUUGCGAGCGUUUAUCGGGGACCCCUCAAGGCAGGUGUGGAUGGUAAGGUGAACCUGAGCAUAUUUGUCGAUCGGUCCAGCGUGGAAGUUUUCGGCGGUCAGGGCGAGACCACCCUGACGGCUCAGAUUUUCCCCAGCAGGGAUGCGAUUAACGCCAAGCUGUUGUCAAGUGGCGGAGCUACUGAGAUGGUUAAACUCGAUAUCUUCAAUGUCGCUUCGACUUGGAACUGA